UUGUACGUCAAAACGUCAAACGAACCGCGGGUGGCAUUGUUACGAAAACGGCAAAAACAUCUGCUUUCCUAAAAGGAAGGAUGCUCCAGUGCGAAUAAAGUGCGGUUGUUUUUGUUCCUUCCAUUCGUUGCUUCGAGUUUUCGACUGCACACCCACAAACACACACACUAGCACGAUGCUGCUGCGGACGGUGGCGUGUCGGUCCUGGGCCCGAUCCUGCCUCUACCGGGCACACACAACCGUUGCGUCGCGAUCGGAGCCGCCGGCCGGUUCUGAGGCGGUUGCGAGCGCAGUGAACGAUCUGUCCAAGCCGGCACACGUACAGGCGCCCAAGCGGAAACCGUUCAUGAAGUCGAUGUUUCUCGGCACGGUCGACACGGAACUGCUCACCUUUCCCGAGUCGCUAAAUCGGGACGAGCAGGCCCGGCUGAACCGGCACCGGGAGGAGCUGGAGCGGGCGCUGCAGGCACCGGCCGGACCGGACUCUAUCCGGCUGGCCGGUCUGCAGGGGCCGCUCGCGUACGGAGGGAAACAGUUCACCGAGACGGAGUUCGCGUACGUGCAGGAGCUGGUGGCCGGCGACCGGACCGUCGCGAUGGGUGCGCUCGAGCACAAUGCGAUCGUGAAGCUGCUGGCCCAGCACGGUACGCCCGAGGCGCAGGAACAGUAUCUGGCCAAGCUGUGCGCCGGCGAGACGGUCGCAGCCGCAGGGCUGUACGAGCUGAGCAGCUCCCGGGACACCAUGUUCAGCACGGUGGCGUCGCUCGACUUUACCGGCGGCCGGUGGACGCUGUCCGGCACGAAGGUGUUCCUGCGCACCGGCCCGGCCGACCCGGACCUGCUGCUCGUGGUCGCCUCCACCAAGCGGAUGGAGAAGCUGAACAAGGAGGACGGCACGAUUGCCGCCUUCCUGGUCGAUGCGCGGGCGCCCGGCGUCAAGAUAGCGGAGGCGCCGCUCGGUACCGGUGGGCUGGCCCGCGUCACGGUGCACCUGAACCGGGUGGAGGUGCCCGAGUCGGCACUGGUCGGCACGGAGAACGAGGGCGGCACCGUGCUGUCCAAGUUUCUAUCCGCCGUGCGCGUGCAGUCGAGCGUGGUGCGGGUCGCGCUGCUCAAGAAGGUGCUCAACGGGCUCACCGAGUUUGCCAUCCACUCGAAAGCGGCCACCGGCGAUAUGAUGGAUCUGGAGCUCGUGCGCGAACAGCUGGCCCGCAUGGCGAGCGUGAUCUACGCUGCGGAAAGCUUAAUCUACACCACCGCCAGCCUGAUGGACGAUUACGAAGGCCAGGACGUGGAGAUGGAGGCCGCCAUCACGAAGGUGUUCACGACGGGUAGUCUGCUGAGCCUUGCCACGUUGCCGCUGCAGUUGCUCGGCCCACAGGCACUCAGCGGCGAGCGCCCAUUCCAGACACUGUUUGACGAUGCGCUGAAGCUGUUCAUCGGCGACGAGUCGAUCGAUUCGGUCAACCUCUUCAUCGCCCUGACCGGGCUCCAGUAUGCCGGGAUGCACACGCACGAAACGAUCAAGAAGGAUCGCAACCCCGCCAUGAACCCGUCCCACGUGCUGUCCCGGCUGUUCGAGAAGACGUCGAUCGAGCAUCCGAAAAAGUUCGCCGACCUGCAGCAAUACUUUCACCCGUCGCUCGAACCGGCCGCCCACUGGAUCGAGCAGUCGGUGGUGCGGCUCCGGCUCGCGACCGAGUGCGUCCUGUCCCGCCACGGGGUCGAGGUGAUCGAGCGGCACCUGGAGCUGGGCCGGCUCGCGACCAUCGCUACGCAGCUGUACGCGAUGGUGGCGUGCGCUUCGCGGGCCUCCCGCUCCUACUGCAUCGGGUUGCGGCAUGCCGCCCAGGACGUGCACCUGGCGAACAUGUUCUGCCGGGAGGGCAGCGAGCGCGUCCGGCUGCUGGCGCUCGAGCUCGAGAAGGGCCCGUACAUUACGAGCGACGACGAUUACAACGUGAUCGCGCGCAAUCUGUUCCGCGAGAAGCGCUACUACUUCGAGCAUCCGCUGACGCGAAACUUCUGAACAGUGGGUGGGUGGCUACAGUUUGUUAGUUGUUAAGGAAAUGGUUAGCGCAAGCUAGUAAAAAAAACGAGGAGUUUCUGAAAAAUAUUAA